AUGAGCUCAUCGCUACUUUCAGUUUUAAAAGAAAAGUCAAGAAGCCUGAAAAUACGAAACAAACCGGUGAAGAUGACCAGUCAGGAAAGGAUGAUAGUGCAUAGAUGCAGAUUUGUGGAUUUCACUCCUGCCACAAUCACAUCUCUAGCAUUUUCACAUAAAUCAAAUAUAAAUAAGUUAACUCCGUCCGAUUUGAGAUUAGCUAUUGGUAGAUCUAAUGGUAACAUAGAAAUCUGGAAUCCUAGAAACAAUUGGUUUCAGGAAAUGGUUAUCGAAGGUGGCAAAGACAGAUCAAUUGAAGGCCUUUGCUGGAGCAACGUUAACGGCGAGUCUCUAAGGCUAUUUUCUAUUGGCGGCUCGACUGUGGUAACAGAAUGGGAUUUAGCAACAGGUUUACCAUUAAGAAACUAUGAUUGCAAUUCAGGUGUGAUAUGGUCUAUUUCCAUCAACGAUUCACAAGACAAGCUGUCUGUGGGUUGCGAUAAUGGGACGGUGGUCCUCAUAGAUAUCUCUGGCGGGCCUGGUGUCUUGGAACACGAUACUAUUUUGAUGAGACAAGAAGCCAGAGUAUUGACUUUGGCUUGGAAAAAGGAUGACUUCGUGAUUGGUGGUUGUUCUGAUGGUAGAAUAAGGAUUUGGUCUGCACAAAAAAAUGACGAAAACAUGGGUCGUCUAUUACACACUAUGAAGGUCGACAAGGCCAAAAAAGAAUCAACUCUAGUUUGGUCAGUUAUAUAUUUACCAAGAACUGAUCAGAUUGCCUCUGGUGAUUCUACAGGCUCCAUUAAAUUCUGGGAUUUCCAGUUUGCCACGCUAAACCAGUCAUUUAAGGCGCACGAUGCAGACGUACUGUGUCUAACUACCGAUACUGAUAAUAAUUAUGUUUUUAGUGCUGGUGUGGACAGAAAAAUCUUUCAAUUUUCUCAAAACACUAACAAAUCUCAAAAGAACAACAGAUGGGUAAAUUCUUCUAAUAGGUUGCUUCAUGGAAACGACAUUAGAGCAAUAUGUGCAUACCAAUCUAAAGGUGCAGAUUUUCUAGUUUCAGGAGGUGUUGAAAAAACACUAGUCAUCAACUCACUUACUUCUUUUUCUAAUGGAAACUACAGGAAGAUGCCAACUGUCGAACCUUAUUCAAAGAAUGUUUUAGUUAACAAAGAGCAACGCCUUGUUGUUUCAUGGAGCGAAUCUACUGUUAAGAUAUGGACAAUGGGAACCGAUUCUAGUACAGAACAGAAUUAUAAGCUAGUUUGCAAGUUAACUUUAAAAGAUGACCAGAAUAUCUCAACUUGUUCUUUAUCACCUGAUGGACAAGUUUUAGUCGUAGGGAGGCCCUCUACCACUAAAGUUUUUCAUUUACAGCCCGUAGGUAAUAAAUUGAAAGUGACUAAACUAGAUAAUGACCUAUUAUUGAGAACUUCCACAAAAUUAGUCAAGUUCAUCGAUAAUUCCAAAAUUGUCAUAUGCUCUUGCGAAGAUGAUGUAUUUAUUGUGGAUCUAGAAUCUGAAGAAGAUGAAAAACCGCAAGAAGUUGAACUUUUGGAGGUUACUUCAACUAAGAGCAGUAUCAAAGUUCCCUAUAUUAACAGGAUCAACCAUUUGGAAGUAGACCAGAACAUUGCAGUAAUUUCUCGUGGCUGUGGAGUCGUAGACAUAUUAGACUUAAAAGCAAGGAUUUCUAAACCACUUGCUCGUUUGAAUAAUUUCAUCACCGCUGUUCAUAUCAAUACUUCUAGAAAAUCUGUAGUAGUAAUUACUGCAGACAAUAAGAUUUAUGAAUUCAAUAUGAAUUUGAAUUCGGAAGCCGAGAAUGAAGAUAGCGAAAGCGUAUUAACUCAAUGGUCAAAAAACAAUACGGAUAACUUACCAAAAGAAUGGAAGACAUUAAAAGAGAACUGUGUAGGGAUAUUUUCAGACAUAGAAAAUAGUAGCAGAUUAUGGUUUUGGGGGGCUACUUGGAUAUCAAGAAUAGACUUUGAUGUUGACUUCCCUAUAAAUAAGAGAAGAAAACAGAAAAAACGUACACACGAAGGGCUAACUAUCACAGAUGAAAGUAAUUUCAUGAACGACGAGGAAGAUGACGAAGAUGACGAUAUUGAUAUGGAAAUCAGCGAAAACUUGAAUGUAUUAUUAAACCAAGGAAACAAAAUAAAGUCCACAGAUGUACAAAGAAACGAAGAAAGCUCCGGUCACUUCUUCUUUACUGAUAAAUAUAAACCUUUACUGUUUGUUGACUUAAUUUCUAGUAAUGAAUUGGCAAUAAUUGAAAGAAAUCCAUUAACUUUUCACUCCAAACAAAAGGCGUUUAUUCAACCAAAGUUAGUGUUUUGA